AUGAACCACAUAUGAAAAGAAAACUUUCAAUUUUAAAAAGAUAUCCAGAAAUUGAAAAAUUAUAUGGUUAUGAUACUUCAACUAUUUUAAUAGUUACAUUUUCAUCAGCAGCGCAAAUAUUUGCAGCUUACAUUUUCGGUAAAAUAUUAGUUGAUUGGAAUAUAUUUAUGAUGAUAUAUUGUUUUUUUUUGGGAGCAUCAUUUACUCAACUUUAUGGGGUAAUUAUUCAUGAAGCAACACAUAAUUUAGCUGCAGCAACAUCAUUUCAAAAUCGUCUUAUAGGACUUUUAGCAAAUAUUGCACUUCCAUUUCCAAUUGCAAUGUCAUUUCGUCGGUAUCAUUUAGAACAUCAUACUUUUCAAGGUGUAAUAGGAUUUGAUCCUGAUUUACCUUUAGAAUGGGAAAAAAAAUUGAUUCGUGGGAAUUCAUUUUUAAAAUUUAUUUGGAUAAUUAUUUAUCCUAUAAUGUAUGUUGUUAGAGGUUUAGCGAUGGGAAAAGAACCAUGUUUUUGGGAAUAUGUUAAUUGGGUUUUUACUAUAACAUUUGAUGUUUUAAUUUAUCAUUUUUGUGGGAUGAGAGGUUUAUUAUAUUUAUUUUUAAGUUUAUGGGUUGGUUAUAGUAUACAUCCUGCUGCUGCUCAUUUUAUUCAAGAACAUUAUACUUUUGAUGAUGGACAAGAAACAUAUUCUUAUUAUGGAAUUUUAAAUUUAUUCUUUAUGAAUAUUGGUUAUCAUAAUGAACAUCAUGAUUUUGCAAAGGUUCCAUGGUCAAAUUUACCAGAAAUUCGUAAGAUUGCACCAGAAUUUUAUGAUAAUUUAGCAUAUCAUACAUCUUGGUUUAUGGUUCAUUGGAAUUUUAUUUUUCAAAAACAAUAUGGACCUCAAUCUCGUGUUGGUAGAACUGUUGAAGAUCAUAAGAAAGGUAGAAAAUUGGUGAAAACUAUAUUAAAUGAUUCGAAAAUAUUAAAAGGGGAAUGAGAAGGAAUUUAUUAUUUGAAGAUAAUUUAUAAUUUAUAUAUUUAAUCUAUAUAUAUAUCAGAUAUAUUUAUGUAUAAUUUAUAUAGAUUUAGAUUUUUUUUAUUUUUAUUUAUUU